UAUUAGUUUUGUACCAUGAGCGAUGUGGACGAUAUUAAAAAAAAUUAUCAACAGUUGCUGCAGGAAAUUACGACGCUGUUAGCAGCUAGCACCGAGAGAAGCGAUGCCAAUGCUCUGCAAUUGAAUCAAGAACUUCAGCGACGCCUGGAACAGGUGCGCAGCCGUAUAUUGAAGCUGUUAGAGAUAGUGCGCGGUCGUUACAAACGCAAUGAAGAUGCACUUCUACGACGCCAGCAUCCACGGUCCCGUUGUAUAACAGAAAACGGCCUUGAAAACGUGGGCAAGAGCGGGGCAUUGCUGCGCGGCGGAACAUUUCGCUUUAAGGGCAAUCUAUACUUUCGCGACAACGAUGGACGUAGCUGUCCCAACAAUGAGGACUACGAGCGACGUUGUAACACUGAAAUGUUUCCCACCGAUUUCGAUAUGCGCUCUAAGCACGUCUGGACAGUGUUGGACAAAAAGAGCAUCGUCAUGGGAAUAAAGCAGCAGCUGUUAGAGUAUACCAGCUAUCAGAACGAUAUAAAGAAAAAGGUGUCCAACAAAAUGAAUGAUCGCAAACGGAAAUACAUCGAUCUGCAUGCACAAACAUUGGCUAGUUUGUUAGCUAAUGCUGAUAGCGAUUUCAGCAUCGACUGGCAUCAGAUUAGCACACUGGAUCUCGAGCAUCGUCAUUCCUCCUACAGCUGUGAGGCUAUGUGGCUGGUAUAUUUGCAGCCUAAGCUGAAGCGCGACGAUUGGACACCUGAGGAGGAUAAAGCUUUGCUGGAUGCGGCUAAAGCCAACAAGUUUCAAAACUGGCAAGCAAUAGCGGCUGCAGUGGGCCGACGUUCCGAUUAUCAGUGUUUUGUGCGCAUGCAGACAACGAUGCGCUUUCACUUGGAGCCCACAAGUGCGAUGCGAUGGAGCCAUGAGGAUAAUGAUCGUUUGCGUGCUGUUGUCCAGCGAAAUACUGUGAAUGGGUUGACUAACUGGUCGCAAGUUGUCGAGCAUUUUCCGGGCAGAUCGCGAUCGACAUUAAUUGGACGCUAUAUGUAUGUGUUGCAUCCCAGCAUCAGUCACGAGCCUUUUACACCCAGCGAGGAUCUAAUGCUUUACGCUGCCUAUGAGGAGUACAAUGGCAAAUUCAAUUGUUUUCCGCGUACUUUGUUUCCGAAUCGUUCGCUGGCGCAGCUGCGUACACGUUAUAACAACGUGCUGGCACAGCGCAAUAAAACCGAUCCCUGGUCCAUGGAUGAUGACACAAAGCUAAUGAAUUUUGUUACCGAGCACGGUACUUCGCAGUGGGUGAAGUGUGCCAAUCACUUGGGCAAUCACACACGUACCAGCUGUCGUACGCGCUUUCUGGUCAUCAAGCGGUUUCUUGAGCAACAUCCGGAGGCGACGGUGAAUGACAUACCACGCCGCAAUGUCACAAAAAAUGCACCAAUAACCGCUGAGAAUUGGGUCCAGCGUUGGCAAGAAUGGCAAGCAGAUCCGGAAUCACUGGUCGUAAGUCCCGUUCAGAAGCCGAAAGCAAAGAGAUUUAAAUCGGCCAUGAAUGACAAGAUUUUGGAGCCAUUACGAGGCAUUGAUUCAAACAUCUACGAGUACUUCAAGUAUUCUUAUAAUUUGAAACUCGAUGCCCCGCCAGCACCAAUCCCGCUUCCAUGCAACGAACGGAAUCUUUACGUAGUGGCCAAUGCGUUGCGCUACCGGCUACCAGCCAAUGCCAACCCCUUGGUCCAGAGCAUCACACUGAGCAAGCAGCUAAACCGAUUUUACAGCAAGAUGCUGAGUCAAUUGCCGGCCUUGGAGGCAAGUGAAUCAUCUACAACGCCACUGCUGCUGCCGCCUAAUUGGUCCACAAUGAUGGGCUUUCGUGCCAUAUGCAUAUUGUCAGUGAGUUGGCGCAAUCAUGCGAAAAUUGGAUCGGGCUUGAAACUACCCGCCGACUAUGAUGAAUCAAAGCCAGCAGUGCAGCUAUUCCGGCAACGAUUACGCACUCUCUUUUAUACCACCACACUAUUGAGUCGGCUGCAACCCUCUUCGUUUGAGCAGCUUCCAUCGGCCUUAAUGGCACUGCCGCGACCAUCUGUUAACUAUGGCUCGGCAAUUAAAUCUGAUCGGCCGCCAUCCACACAGCGUCGAAAGCGAAACCUGAAGAGCCAAGAGGCGUGCAGAAACUUAAGCGAUUCGGACUGUCAACAGAUUGCCCGCGAGCAAAUCGAAGAACUGAGCCGCAUGUCACACUCGCAUAAGGGCCUUAAGUCCGAGUUUAAGGACGAGCCGCAUGUUAAGCAGGAACUAUCUUACGAAUAGAGAAGCUUACACAUUGCUAAUAGGUUAUAUAACUUAUAUCAUGUUUAUUUAUAUAUAUAAAUAUAAUAACUAACAAUAUGUUGCAUUCCCAACAAAACCGAUUAUCAUAUGUAAUGGGGAGCAGCCCUUAAAAGUUAAAUAUACGUCGUCGUAUUUAUGCAGUUUAGAUUCUUUAGGUACUUAUUACGUUAAUAGCAACAAAAGCAAUUUU